ACCUGCGCGCUUCAUAAUCGCUUGCUGCGCUCUCGGCCCAGUUAGCCAAGUGGCACCUCUGCGUCUUCUCUUCCUGUUAACGGAGCCGCCAGCGGGGCGUUCACUGUACCAAGCGUCUCCAGUGCUUGCGGGAGAACAGCAGCCAUGAUUCACCCCCGGACUAUCAGGGCUGAUUAUAACACCACCACAAACGUGUUAUACGUGGUGGGCUCGGAGCUUCAGGUCAACCUGAACAGGGGCGCUCCUCCCAGCUCCAAGUUCUUCUCUCUGAAGUGCACUCCUAAUGUCCAGUACAGAAUCAAACCCCAGCCUCCGAGCAUGUCUCCACUCUCUCUCAUCCCUCUGGAUGGAAACCUAGUGCUACUCAUCAGCAUGAGCAGAGCCAGUCAACAUGUACGUGACAGCAAGCUGUCUGUCAUGUACUAUGGAGAGAACAAAAAGUCUUUGGGGAGAGCCAUUCUGCACCUGACAUCUGUUGAGAUCUCUCUGGACGUGGAUGCCGACAGGGACGGCACCGUGGAGCGAAACAACCCUAACAAGGCAUCCUGGAAGUGGGGCCCUGAUGGACAUGGGGCCAUCCUUCUGGUUAACUGUGACUCAGAGAGGACAUACAGAAAGAAACUAGACAGCGAGCAUGACUCUGUCGUCACUGUGUCUGACUUGAAAGACAUGUCAAAGAUGGUGUUGCGGACCAAAGGCCCCGACAUACUCCAAGAAGGCUACAAACUCGCCAUGCACAUCUCCCAGGGAGACGCAGAGAGCGUCAGGAUCUUCAGGGCCAAAUCAACAGAAGGCGCAAGCAAUUUCCUCAACAGACUCUACAAUUCCUUUGUGAAGGACUAUCCACUGGUGCUAAACAGCGAGGUCCUGUUCCAGGAAGUGCCCUACCUUGCAGGUGAAGGAGAGCUGCACUUUUAUGUGGAGGGCCUCAGGUUUCCUGACAAAGAUUUCGACGGGCUCAUCACCGUCAACCUCAGCCUGUUGGAGCCCAUCAGGCCCAAUGUCCCCGAGACCCCCAUUUUCACAGACAAAGUGGCGUUCAGAGUGGCACCGUGGAUCAUGACACCCAACACCCUCCAGCCUUUGGAGGUGUUUGUCUGCAGCACAUCAGACAACUACUUGUUCCUGAAAGGAAUGAGGAACUUUGUUGCAAAGAGCGGGUACAAACUGAAGAUUUGUCAUGAGUAUGUGAACAGAGGAGACCGUUGGAUGCAGGAUGAACUGGAAUUUGGUUAUAUCGACUCACCUCAUCACGGGUUCCCUGUUGUUCUGGAUUCCCCUAGAGACGGAGAGCUCGACAACUUCCCAUAUAAUGAGCUACUGGGUCCUGACUUUGGUUACGUGACGAGGGUGCCCAAGCAAGAAGUGAGCAGCCUGGACUCGUUUGGUAACCUGGAGGUCAGUCCUCCGGUCACCGUGAACGGAAGAAAAUACCCCCUGGGCAGAAUCAUCAUAGGUGUGGCCUUCCCUACUGCAACUGAAGGGCGAAACAUGACUAAAGUAGUUCAAGACUUCCUGUGGGCUCAGAAGGUUCAGGAGCCCAUUGCUUUAUUUUCCGACUGGCUCCUUGUCGGCCAUGUUGAUGAGUUCAUGAGUUUUGUUCCUGCACCAGACAGGAAGGGAUUCAGACUGCUGCUGGCCAGCCCAGAUGCAGUUUACAAACUAUUCAGAGGUUUACAGAACAGUGGACACGGACAAGCUAAACUGUUUGAUGGUUUGAAAGAUGAAAAGAAAAUAACGGUGGACGAGUUACUUGAAGAUGGAAGUCUUCGAGUGGAAAAUACCUACGUACAGAGCUGCAUCGACUGGAAUCGAGAUGUGCUGAAGAGAGAGCUGGGUCUGGAUGAAAACGAUAUCAUUGACCUGCCAGUCCUCUUCAAGAUGGUGUAUGACGAUGAUAAAAAGUUCAGAGCGGUGGCUUAUUACCCUGACAUGGUGAACAUGAUUGUCUUGGGGAAAAACCUGGGCGUCCCGAAGCCCUUUGGCCCCAGAGUAAACGGACGCUGCGCCCUCGAGGCCGAGAUGUGCUCCCUGGUGGAGGGACUUGGCCUCAGCUGCACGUUCAUCGACGACUUCACCUCCUACCACAAAAAGCUGGGAGAGGUGCACUGUGGCUCCAACGUCCGCAGGAAACCGUUUGACUUCAGGUGGUGGAACAUGGAGCAGUGAGCAAAAAGAAACUGAGGUGGAGAAGGGUUAAGAUUUCAGUUGUGCAUGCUCACUGCAGUAAUGACAUUAUUUAACACAUUACAGCAAACACUCAACAAGGGAAGUAACUAAAAAUAAAUAACUGCCUAACACUGACACUAUGGUGUGAAAAAAAGAUGUUAUAUGGGAGUGUCUAAGUCUUAAAAAUACCAAUAGAGGAUUGGAUUUCAUCAAAAUUUUAAUGAUAAUAAUGGCCAAACUAAGUUGAGGGUGUUUAUUAUUAUAAUUAACAGUUAUGCCUUACAUUAUGUCUUAACCUUCCUACUGUCCUCUGGGUCAAAUUUGACCUAUCUCGAAUGUUUCAAUACCCCACAAUUUAAUACACAUGUAGAUUUGAAAAAAAAAAUGUCCAGUAUAUAAUAUAUAAUUAGUUGAAAAGAAAUUGGCAACUUAAUAUGAGUGAAACAAGCCAGGUCUUCCAUUGCACAACAGGUACUUCAUUAGUCUUACUAAAAUACUUAAUGCCACAGUAACUUUUACAUGACGUUUACAUGUCAAAAAUUGCUCCAGGGCUCGAUUUCAUGUAUCUCGUAUGCAUCUUUGUCUUUAUUAAACUUUUUUUUUUGUUGGAGUCAUUUACAAAAGAAAGAUGUAAAGCAAUAUGUACAAACUUUCGAACAAGGGCUUAAGCAAACCAUGAACAGGAAUACAAUCAUUUGAAUCGAGCACAUCGAGCGCACACAGAGGAGUCGUCGCUGCCAGUGUUGUGGUCGUCAGCCACUGGCACACAGUGCAAGCACAGAUAAACGGAUGGUUACAGCAGAGGGAUGUGCUAUAUUAGUAAAGAGCCACAAGGGGGCAGACUUCAUCUACUCAAGCGUUUUCCAAGGUCUAGAGGAAAAUAAUUUAAAAUCAUCUUUCUUUUUUUUUUUUUUACAUAAAUCUAUUUAAAAGUUUAUAAGACAGAUGUUUAAUCAUUACCAAAAAAUUAUCUCUCUCUCUCUAUAUAUUUUUUUUUCAAUGCCAUUUUCCUUUAGAUUGAUUUGUAGCUAUAAACAGCUUGAUGGUUACAGUAUUCAGGGAGUUUUGCAUGUGGUCUUUAACUUUUUGAUUUGUCACUAAUUGUAAAUGCUUUCAUUAAUUUCGGACAAUAAAUGUCAGUUGACAUAAAACAA